AUGUCCAAAUCCCGGCUUCCGCUAUACCUCGGCCUCGGCGCCGCCGGCGUCGGUGGUUACUACCUGUACAACUCCGGUGGCGACCCAAGUGUCGCCAAGGCCAGAGCCAAGGCCGACGCCGAAAGGGCAAAAGCAAAGCUCCCGCGCGAAGACGUCGGCGAGAAGGCGACGGCGUAUAUGGAUGAGAUUGUCCAAGGUGCGCGCGACAAGGCUCAGCAGGGCGGAAAUGAUCUCAAGGAACAGGCGAAGGAGAGUAUUGAUAAGAUUGAUGCGGCGCGCCAGGACGCCGCGCGCAGUCUGGGGACCACUGUGGAUAAGCUUGAUCGCAAGAUUGAGGACAAGGCUGCCGAGGCGAAGAAGAGUGUUGGGGGGUGGUUUGGAGGGAAGUGA